AUGUCCUUCGAUCAAUCUUACGCGGCCUCCCGUGCAGUCAAAAGAAGUGCAUGUGAUUUAUGUCGCCUCCGAAAAAUACGCUGUGACAGAGCACAGCCUGUCUGCGAGACUUGUUUCUUGGCGGGGUUACCCUGCACCUUUACGCCACAGCCCGCACGACGGCGGAAAGGCAUUCGCCAGGAACUUAAUGAUGCCAAAGCUAAAGUCCAGCAGCUACAAGCUGCUCUAAGUACCGGCUCUCAAAAUACCCCGGGAACUAGUCCCAAUGAUUGCGCUUCCCCGCCACAAACCCCAGGUGCCCCCUUAUCACAAGCGACAAAUUGGAUACCUGAUCCAUACUCACUUGACUUUGGUGUUUCUUCACUGAAAUGGCAUUUGUCUUACUGCGGACUGGGAAGUACCCUCUCAGCAACGAGAGCAAGAUUUUACUCCGUGAUCAAGGAGCAAGUAGGCGAGGAAUUCGACCUAGACGACUUUCUACAGUCUGUGUCGAAAUCUAUUGAUCCGCAGUCCAUCAAGCCAGCCAGGCCGGCUAUCCCGAUCAAAUGGCCACCUACUUCUCUAGUCUCUCAAUGCAUAGAAUACUACGAGACAGCAAGCCUUUACUCCAUGUUUCCUUUUGCAGAUACGGACGCUAUGCAGAUGUUGCUGAAGGCUGAUGUGCUGAAUAACCCUGACACAAGCCGGGCUUCUCACCGCGCAUGUCUUGCUGCGUUGACAGCUAAUAUCACUAUCAUGCAUCGUCUCGAUCCUCGAUUCGCCGAUGCAGAGCCCUUAGCCUAUAUCCAGGCUGCUCUGACACUUGUCCCGGACAUGUUAAUGGAGACUCCGGAUCUGAGGACCCUAGAAGCUUUUAUUAUGCUAGCGUUUUUCCUUGCUCCACUCGGAAAACCACAAUCUGCGGAAUUUCUCCUUGCCAUCGCAGUCCAGGUCCUGAAUGGCCUAGCCGGGAACAAAAACCCAUCUGUCAACGACGCUGGUAGCCGACACCUCCGCGUCCUAUUCUGGCUAUGCUUCGGCAUGGACAAUGCAUUCUCCUUCCGCAAAUGCCAACCACCCCUAAUCAACGUAGACAAUUGCGACAUGGAACUCCCACCAGCCUACGCAACCAAACCCUCCGCCCAGCACUUCUUCUGGAAGCCUCUUACCCCAAAUGAACUCCUUUACCCCUCCGACCUGCGCCUAAACGUCAUCCAAUCAAAGAUCUACCGCCUCCUCUACUCGCCCCAAAGCAGAAACCUCUCCGAAGCACGGAGACUCCAGCAUAUCCGCGAGCUAGACGAUGAGCUCAGCGCGCUAAAGCUAGAUUAUCCAGUCCAGUGCCGGCCGGAUCUAUUCGCUACCGAAACAGCGUCAGACUACCUGUUUCACGAUCUGAGUAUUCGGGGCGUCACUGUUCAUUUAGAAUAUUAUGCUUCUAUUUGCAAGAUUCAUGGCUCUAGCGAUUCUUUCGCUAGUGAUCCUGUCCCUAGUAGCUGGUCACCGCCUCCAUCUAGUGCUGAAAUUUGCUAUGAAGCUACGAGGUCUACGUUGAUUUAUAUCAUCAGAGUGCGCCACUAUAUUAAUUAUCAUACUUUCUGGCUUCACGCUCAGUUCGUCUUGACGGCUGUUAUAACAUUGUUCCGCUUCCUCGUCAUCGUUCCUACUGCGCCUACUUUUGCACGCGAUAUAGAUAUAUUAGAGAGUAUUUUGGACAUGUUUGUUGAGUUCGGUCAGGACAAGCGCGCAGAAAGGGCUUUUUACCCGCCGUUCUAUCUCACAGAGGCAUUAAUCAGGAAACUGGUGAUUUUCGCGAGAAAGGCACAUGUUAGAGCUACAGCUGGAGUUCAGGGAUGA